AUGAGUAUGAUCUCCAACCUCGAGGACAACGAGUCACCAUUGUAUGCGGAAAAAUGCCUCCAAGUACUGAUUAAAAGUAUGGACGAUCCAUUCGCUCAUUGGGACGAGAAUCUCUUAGCAACUGUGGUUAUUCUGCGUUUACACGAAGAACUUUCUCAUGACGACGACGUUCGAUGCCACCUUUUUGGCACACGCAAGAUCCUCGAUUCAGUCUCGGCCUUCGCAGCAGAUGGUGGACUACGUGAAGCUGCAAGUUGGGUAUCCUUGCGUCAGCACAUCUAUGUAUCUCUCACUGAACAGCAGCCUCUAGACAUAACCCUACAGAACUUCCGACAUUCCUCCGUCUUUCUGAUCGAGAGCAAUCGCAACGAAGAUUGGGCGAAUCGAAUGGUCUUCAUUUUCGCCAGGAUCUUGGACUAUGCUUUUUCGCAUGCACCAAUUCCGACUCCAGAUCGCUGGCAUGAGCUUCGUGCAGAAGUUGAAAAUUGGUGGAAUACCAAACCUUGGGACUUUGCACCAUUAUGGAAGAACAUGAGUCCAGCCUCAAGGGUGACAGUCACCACACCUGCCUCCGUUCCCGGCGUCGCUACCACUCCGCAAGAUCCACCUCGUCGCAACGCGAAUGUGUCAGCGUCCUCGGCAAACUAUCCUAUCAAACCUUGGCCGGAGCUAAUCGUGGCGCAUCGUGCUCAAGUCACAGCGUUACAAUACUAUCAUCUUGCGCGUGUUGUGCUCGCAAUAUACGACCCAGCACUAACAAGGCUGGGUUUCGGAUCGAUACGAGCUCGCAAGUCAUCCGAGCGAGAAGUCCUCGACGGUAUGAGAAACAUUGUGGGGUUGGCUGUAAGUAACGAAGAUGUCAACAAUGCCAUAUUCGAGGCCUCGCAUGUUCUAAAAGCUUGUGGUGGCUAUUUGAAGGACGAAGCGGAACAAAAUGCAGCUAUUGCCUUUUUGGAGAACGUCCAGCAAAGGAUGGGUUGGACCACCGAGAAAACAAUCGCCGAGCUGCGCAGUCAGUGGGCGGGUUAUUGA